GCAUCUCCAGUUUUCCUUUGGAAUCACCCUCUUUGACUUUUGACAAAGCAACUCCCAAAACGGGAAACCCUGGCGCUAGCAUUUCGGCGCAAUGUCUGAAUCCGAGCCCAAGCUGCGCAACCGCGUCGUCGAUUCGAUCAGCAGGAGGGCUGAACAUGUUCUCACAGAUGACUAUGGCAAGGCGAGGGCAAUGGCCACUGAUGCCGUCCAGAGCCGGGCAUAUCUCUAUCCCAUCAAGGGAAUUUUCUACUUCAUCGCCCACCGGAGCCUAUGGAAGCCAUUGCUCGACCGAAUUGUUCCCUAUGGCGCGCUCACAGCCUCGGUCAUUGGCGCCAUGUUUGUGAUUACUUACCUCCCUCAGCUCGCCGUCAUGGCGCUUUUCAAUGGCCCACUGGCAGUGUACACGACAGUCCUCCUCACGCUGAAUGAAAGUUCCAUCAUCAUUCACAUGAUAUCUCGCACCUGGCUACUGCAGGAAUCUCUCAUGGACACUUUUGAUGGCACAAUGGUUGCCAGAAACGCAACGGCCGUCGUCCAGCAGGGCCGAGAGGUUCAUGCCGGUAGCGACCCUAUGAAGAAGCUGGGCAAGGUUUUUAAAAAGCGAUUUGAGAAGUUGAGCCUCACAGAAAUGAUCCGAUAUGUCAUGUAUCUGCCUCUAAACUUCAUCCCUCUCGUGGGCACCGCGGCCUUUAUUUUUCUCCAUGGAAAACAUAGGGGAAACAUUGUGCAUAGUCGAUAUUUUCAGCUCAAGAAUUGGUCCGACUUGCAAAGGAAGCAGUGGAUCGAUACCCAUAGUGGUGCCUAUGCAUCGUUUGGUGUCGUUGCUACCCUUCUCGAGAUGAUACCUGUGGUGUCUGUCUUCUUCUCCUACACAAAUACCGUGGGCGCUGCUCUUUGGGCUGCUGAUAUUGAGUCGCAAAAUAACCCCAUGGUUAAAGAGACUGCUCCAAAGCUAAGACAGGCCGCAGCCGAAAGCCUCGAGUGAGCUGUUUCAUCUCUCAGCCGAUUGGGACCUUGGCAACACGAUGCCAAUAAACGACCAAGGACACGGGACAGGGGUUCUUACGAUGUUUGCUGCCGGGCAAUCAGCUAGUAUUGUUUAUUUCCAGCCACGAUUGAAAUGCGGCUGGCUCUUCUAUUUAUGGAUUAUCCCGGGAACACCUGUGUUCCUCAACGGGCCUAACCUGGCAACGUAAAUGAUAGCAUGUAAUUGAAGCGACCAUAUUUCGGUAUUUUAUGU